AUGUGUUACCUGCAGGAAGAAUUGUCUGGAAACGUGUGGUCCCCUCAGAUUUCAGAACCAUCGGAGCACCAGCUACUCAGGAUGGGCAAAGCACCUGGCAUCAGAAGGCAAGAGGAGAGGGGUGCCAAGCAGGUGGAGACACCACCUUCAGUCCAGGAUGCAGGGAUGAUGUCAUACCUCACAGGUGGCAUCACCCAGAAAAAUGUUUGCACUUUGCCAGUUGUAAAAUCUGCCAUUAAACAGGGUGAUCAGUGUUUGAUGAAAGCAGCCGUGUCAAACCUGGACAAGGAGAGUAAACUAACAGUCCACUACCGAGCUCCGUGGUAUCAGCAGGAGGAUCUGUUUCGCCCAUCGACCAGACCGCCAUGCGUAGAGGAGCUUCACCAAUGUGCCAAACAGAAGCAGCAGUUUCUACAUAAAGAACAUCAGAGACAGCUGGGAGAGAGAAGAUUAAUGAAACCCCCGUCUAUGUUGCCCCCGCCACUGCCCUUGACACAGCCUCGCCAUCGUCUCAGAGCACAGAAAAAACAGCAAAGCGCAACGUUUCACAGCACUCGUUCAUCCUCCCCUACUGAAUGUUGCCAAAUGACUCCCUGGAGUAAAAAGUCCGUUCCAUCAACAGAUGGUGACAGUGAUAUGAUCGAUUUAGGUCAAAGACCGAAAAAUCCAGUACCGAACAUUCCUACGACACUAGACAGGCAAACAAAUUGGAGCAAAGAUCUACCUCUUCCUACUCCAGAACAGAAGAUGCGUCAGCAAGCUGAGGCUAUUUCUUCCUGUGUUAUUCCCAUCAAUGUGACUGGAGUGGGCUUUGAGAGGCAGGUCAUCGGCAGAUACUCUUUUGUUCAUCCUCAAUCUGUGCUGCACCGAAGACGGAAGCUAAAGAGACGAAAAACUAUCAGUGGAAUCCCCAGGCGUGUGCACCAAGAAAUAGAUUCUGAUGGAUCUCCCAUGGCUCGAGAAAGGAAUGUGAUCGUUCACGUUAACCCAGCGUUGGACCUCCGUGUGGAUGAGGCACAUUCCACCGGCGGUCGUUCUGGGACUAAGGACUCCGAGUGCCAGACUGAAGAUAUUCAAAUUGCUGCCCCAUCAGCGAGGCGGGUUCGAACUCAACGUGGCAACAGCAUCACAUCUUCCCUGUCACAUUCCGCUGGGAAUAUCCCAGUCUUGGCCGAUGAUUCAGGCUCGAUGUUUCUCGCACCGAUUGACAACCACGCCCGUGCCCGCAGCCUUUCCCGCGAAGGCAUUAGAGAGUCACUGUUCCCUCACGAGUUAAGCCAGGACGACAGCGUUGAGAGCAUCACUGGCACUCCGGAAAAAUAUCUGCCCGACCCAGAAAGGGCAGAGGAGGAAGAGGACGAAGCGAGUUUGUUUAUUCAGAGUUCGCAGACACAUCAUUCGAAGGGAGUCACUGUCCAACCGCAGCAAAGUCCGGAGAGCGAAGCUCAGGGAACAAAGAUGUCCAACUUUGUGCCAGAGGGUGAUCUGGGCAACAGUGAAAUCUCUUCAAAUUCAGAUACAUUUGGUAGUCCAGUCAACAGUAUCUCCAGUGGAGGGGUUAUGUUGAGCAGUCAAAUCGAUCAGAAGGAGGACCACCAAUCAUCUAGUGGAAACUGGAGUGGGAGUAAUUCAACAUGCCCCUCCCAGACAUCGGAGACCAUUCACACUGCAUCUUCACCGCCCCUGACUGGAUCUUCCCACUGUGACUCUGAGUUAUCCUUGAAUACGCCCGCUCACGCCAACUAUGAUUCAGCGGGUUUCUUACUGGAGCAGUACCCGUACCAAGGAGAUAAAGUCAGAGGCCACAGGGCAAACUCUUUCACUUCCACGGGGACAGAUGUUGUGGAAGAUCUCAACACAAGUAACACGAGUGACGCUGAAUGGAGUUAUUUACACCAUUGCCAUGAUGCAUCUUGCCAUCGGGAUUUCAGUCCAAGGCAUUCGAGAACAAAUAGCCUGGGAUGUCCCAGUUUUGCCAGCAUGGGUACCUGUGACAGUUUUGUUGAAAGACCAUCCUCUUCCAGAACUGAUUCGGGCUCACAUUUCUCUGUGGAUACUGAAGGGUAUUAUACCUCCAUGCACUUUGACUGUGGUUUAAGAACUAGUAGAAACUAUAUUUAUAACUAUGCAUCCACAGGCUCCAAUGGAAUCCAGAGUACAGAACAUACUUCAGAGCUCCGUGAGCUCCCUCAAGCGGAUCAUUUAGAGUUGAGAAAGCAGAAGCAUCGGGGCCAGAGUAUUGCACUCAAGAAACCAAAGGCGAAACCAGCCCCACCAAAACGCAGUUCAUCGUUGAGGAAGAAUGACGUUUGUACAAGUGAGAGUGAUCAGAAAAAUGAACCAAAGACAAACAAUGUACAGGAAAGGACUACGUCGUCUAGAGAUGCACAGAAAUCUUUGCAACUUGACCUAAGUCUUGCAGCUGAGAAGUUCAAAGACUCCAUGCUGCCUAUGAAAACAAACAGUCCUUGGGAUAGUCAAAUUGGAUAUACACAUGAUAAUGAUUUAUCAGACCCUCAACUCACCCCUUUAGGCAUGCCCUCCUUCAAGGAUGAAGGUGCUGUGCAAUCAGAUUAUGCAGGUCUCUGGCUCUUAAAUGACUUAAAGUCUAAUGAUCCUUACAGAUCAUUAUCAAACUCCAGUACUGCCACGGGUACGACCGUGAUAGAGUGCACAAAGUCUCCCGAAGGAUCGGAGUCACAGACAUCCCAAUCUGAGUCCCGAGCUACCACUCCAUCUCUCCCCUCCGUUGAAAGUGAGUUCAAGCUGUCCUCUCCUGAUAAGUUGGCCAGUUUGGCGUCGCCGUCGAGUGGGUACUCGAGCCAGUCUGGCACACCGACCUCAACUUUGCCUACCCCUCUGUUUCCGGGUCCCCUGUCUCCAAACAGCGGUAAAAGGAAGCCCAAAGUUCCAGAGAGAAGGUCUUCACUGCAGCAGUCUUCCACAAAGAAAGACCUCGAACUACCAACUAUACCUCCAACACACCUUGACCUAAGUGCUCUUCAGAAUCUGUUUAAAAGCAAACCUUUUGCUCACAGAAACCAAUUGCACAUCUCAAAUCAGAGCAAACCGAGAGAGGCAUCUGAAAGAACCAACACCAGUCCAUCUAUUUCCCUUGGCAUAACUCCAUCAGUUCUGCAGUCUGUUCAGCUUCGCUCUGUUAGUAAAACCAAGCAAUCCAGACUGGAAUUCCAAGAAGACCCUGACAUAACAGAAGGCCCAAGUUAUGCAGAGGCUGCCUCACCACCAAGCAGAACUGAACCAUACACUUACAACCGAUCGUUAACACACAAGUACAACGAAAUUUCCAAUGCACCUCAACCGUUACAAAAACCAUUCCCCACUGAAGCCAACCCAAGCAUUUUGCCUUUAGAAAGUCAGCUUGCACUUUGUCUCGAAAAUAAGUUGAAUAGAGAGUGUAUGUCGCCACUACCCUUAGCUUCUAUCGCAGCAAAGUCUCUAACACAACUCACAGUAUCAGACGAGUGCCCACCAAGUGCUGAACUGGAAGAUGACCAAGUGAUUGCAACUGAAAGCUGCCAGACGGUCUCCGACAGCUGCAUGUGUGGUGACAAAAAGAAUUCAGUCAAGCUGGGCUCUCCACACGAAACAGAGCGAAACUUCCAUGAUUCUGGUAAAGAGUUACAGAUUGAGGUAUUUGCCCAGGAAACAGGAAGUAAAGAGGAAGCUGGCAGUGUGCACUCUCCCUGCAACAGAGUUACAGAAGCUCAAUCAGCAGCAGGACUGGAGUCACCAACUGCAGAGAAAUUGGAGAGGAAACUUGAUUUUGACUCGGUCAGUGAUACGGAAAGUGUACACUGUGACAUACUUCAACCAGAAUUAAAAGAUGCACCAAGGCUUGACAAAGACAGUGCUGAGGAGAAGACCAAAAGGGUGCAAGAUGGCUGUACUGAAAGUGCUGCUGAUCACAGCAGAACUGCAGAAGCUCUGGCUGAGAGUCCCAGCGAUAGCCAGUCCAAAGACCACAUGGAUGUAGAACAGGCUGAAAGUUGCUUAACUUCUCCUUUGGAUCUUGAGACGAAUGAAGAUAAUGUAUUCAUAUCACCAAACAAACUCCGUACAACAGAGGACCUUUUUGCUGUGAUUCACAGAUCAAAGAGGAAGCUUCUGGGAAGGAAAGAUUCUGACGAGGGGCCAAAUGUGAACAAACCAAAAUCAUCCCCUGGGACUCCUCCUGCUGUUCAAAAGCAGCCUGGCCCUAUUUACAGGAGUGUCCGCAAAUCCAACACCUCCCACGAGGAGUUCAAGCUGCUGCUGCUGAGGAAGGGCAGCCGCUCAGACUCCAGCUACCGACUGUCCGCCACCGAGAUACUGAAAUCCGCGAGUCCCGUAUCUCCCAAGUCGCCGGGAGACAGCUCGCCAGAACAGGCGAAGGACUCCGAGGACAUGACCCCGGCCCCUUUGCCUUCCGGGCGCGAGGUGCAGCCCCCGGUGUCACCGUGCUCGCCCAGAUUCAGCACCGAGGGCAUCUCCGCCCGCGGCUUCUCGCUGUCGGUGUCUUCGCGGCCAAGUCGCUCCCGUGCGCCGCCAGUGGCGGGCAGCAGCCGUUACAGCGUGCGCAGCCGCCUCCACAGUGCACCGAUGCAGGUCAUCUCUGAGGGUGAAGCUGAGAACUCGGAUGGAAGCCCGCACGACGAUCGGAACUCACAGGGUGCACAGUAACUGUCCCGCUGGAGAACAAACAUCAAUGUGCAUGUGGGGUUUUUUUUUCCUUUUUAGUUUAGCAAUGUUUAUGCUGAAAGGUUUAUCAAAACAAAAGAAGAGCAGGGCAAGGUCUAAACUGUGUUCAGAACACACACAAAGAAACAGGUUAUUGCCCAAUAGGUACUGAGAUAAGACAACCCUUCACUGUUCCUCCAAAACUGCUCAUGAAAUUCAACCAUUCCAGCGUACACAUAUUUUGAUUAAAUAAGUUACAAUUUGAGACAUAACCAGAGCAAAUGUUGAAGAGAUUUUAGAUGGAAAGGAAAUCAAAAAAAUAUCCUUAAUGAAUUUGGGCAAUUACUCUGUUUUUAAAGUCUCAGAUGAAUUUUGCAAGGUUUAUGCAUGGUUGUUCCCUAUUUGUGUGAUAUUAGUGGGGUGUCAUUAUCCUAGGCUGAUUAAAACAGCAGCCAAAGCAACAGGACCAUUGUGAGAAAGGUACAUUGCAAGCCCUUGGUAUUCCUGAUUGAGUGAUGAUAGGUGAGAAGUGGAAUGGCUCUGCUCUGAGCAGCACAGUCUUUGAAACUAAUGUAAGUAUCAUUAUUUUUGGUUGAUUUGAAAAGGUAUUAAUCCUUUGAGCAAUGCACAUUCGUAAUCAUCUGCAUCAUCAGUGUGUUCUCGGAAUGAAAUAGUCCUUGAUCUUAAAGAUUAAAACAAUGAUGGAGGAGGAAAAACAUGAGCAAAUUGGUUUCCUUUUCAAAAUACAGUCUCCAAGCUAAUCUAGAUAUUAUUCCUAAAGAUGAUCACUUUGGGUUUGUGGUUUCAUCUCACCCAUAAACCAGAACUGAGAUAGUCUAUCACUAUAAUUAAUUUGGGAGAAAAACAUGUACCGCCUCAAAAGGUUUACAGAGUUUUUACAUUUACCUGGAUAUUUAAAUCUAAUUGAUGUAUUAUUAUAUAACUAAUAAUUAUAAUUAGAUAAUUGAUAGUUGUCCACUUCUAAGAGUUUAAAAUUUAUAUUGCUCAAGUAUUCUUCCCUUACAGCUUAAAUCUUAAUUAACUUCUACUGGUUACAGUAGAAAUAGGAUUACAGCUAAAGGAUUAAUACUGUACUACCUAAUAAUGAAAAAUAUUAUGUUUUUUUGAAUUUACUAAAAAUCAUUAUAUUGUACAAAAUACAAAAGGAACCUAAGGAAAUGAUUAUUUUUGUGAUUAAAGUUGAAAUACCUGUGUGUAGACACCAAGAAUUGCAUGUUUGCAAAUUUGCCAUAUUUGAAAACAGUAUACAAACAUUUUGGGAACCACAAUGGUGGGGGUUGAGGCAAAAAAAAGAGCUUUUUUAACAUAAGAGACAUUACCAUUGUAAUGAAAAUGUUUUAUCUACAGGUUGUAAUGCACAGAUGUCAGUACGAUGGGAUUGACAUGGAAUUAACUGAGAAGAUAAAAAGACAGGGGUUUUUUUGUAGUUUUAAGUUCUUCAAUAAAAAAAAGGGAGUGAAGAGCAGUAAGUGCAUGGGGGAAAUUUUAGCCUUUAGGAAUUGGCACUGUAGAGUAACUUUGGGCAAGUUGUAAAACAGGGCUGAUCCUGUGGUUGGCCGCCCAGUAACUUAGCAUAAAAUUACCCCCACAUAGGUUUGUGAAGGAAUUGGUGAUGGUGUAAAGUCAAAAAUGAAUAGGGUAGAGGAUCUAUUUCAUGUGUAUUGGAAAUACCAUAUUCAAAAGUGAGAAGAGGAUGAUUAAUGGUGUGAGAUGACUGAUGCGCGAAUGGGUAAGAAAAUGGGGUAUGUUUUAAAGUGCAGAUUGAUCCAGUGAUGUUCAGUGAAAGAAAUUUUGCCAAGAAGAUUGUAAUUCCACUUUGGCAUGCUGAAGAAGUGCAGAAAGCAAUGUAGAUUUUGAAAUAUCUACACUGAAGAUUUGAAGACAGUCCCAAGUUAGGAAUUGAUGGUGAUAAUAUUGUAAACGCUCUUUUCUCAAAAAAUGAUCACAAAUACAUUUGGUACCAUGAGCUGAUUCUCUUCAGUUCAGUCAACUACACCAAGCAUUAUUGUUCUCGUUUUACUUGAGUAUUUGUUUAACAGCCCAGGUCAACUUCACUUAGAAGAAAAUGACUGUUACAAAACUCACAGCUAUUAUAUCUGGCCAGAGAUAUAGAUGAGAAAAAGAUAGCAGGAAAUCAUGCAGAUGAUGUAAACUGGAAACAAUGACAGAAGUGUUGGAAAUACACAGCAAAAUCGAUCAGCAUUUGUUAAAAUGAUCACACUUCAAGGGAAAUCCUCCUGUAAGGAAGUAAAAAUCCUACACAGAUGCAGAGUACAUUAGAACUCUUGGUAGGUUGUAGGAGGAAGGUGGGGGAAUUGAAGCAAGGUAUCUUACUGUAUUAGCUUUUUCUGCCUACUGAUAAGAUUCCUCCUGUGACAUCAAAUAUUUCAUUCUUGUCUGUCAAACCUUACAUUAUUUGGAAUAAUCUGAUUCUUAUGAAUGAGCACAUUUUCUUCUGUAAUACGAGUGCUUUUUAUCAGUGCAGGCAGAUGUGAAUUACACAACUUACACAGACCCACACACAGCAUAUCGCGUAAAGCACUCAGUGAAAACGUGUUUUUCAGCAGAAGUUUAUAUAUCAGCUGUCGAGCAGCUAAAAUAUCAUCAGCCGAGCACCAUAUCUUUAUCCCUCUCCAACAUGUGGCAACAUGGAGAUGUUUAGGAAUGAAGGCAAGAAUCUUCUGGACAAUUAACUUCUUGAAAUAUGUGAUGCACAGUUACAAGGGAUAUUGCUUAGUUAUUUUGUAAAGCACUCAUACAAUUACUGAAUGCUCUGACAGCACUGCCAUCUUUGGACAAGGUGAACUAAUUACAUUGUACAAAUUACUUUUGUGAACCAUCAUUCCAAUAUGUGUGUUCUGUUGUUUGCACUGAAGUGUAAGACAGUGGGUGUUUGAAGUUCUGCAGCUGCUUUCCUAUAGCAUUUGAUGAUCCCUAAUUUAUAUAGGCUUUCUUUCUGUUUAUUUGGCAUAUAUAAAACAACUGCACAGUUUAAAUCAAAAAUGUAUACCGUCUCAUAAAGAAUUAUGCCUAGGUUUUGCCAAAGGUUGAAUGAACGCAUCUUAACUGCAUAGAUGGCAGAGUUAACAAAAUAUUGGUUUUGGUUUAUUGUAUAAAAAUAAAUAUAAGAGAAGGUUACAGUGUAACUGUAUUGGUACUAGAACCAGUUCAUCUGGAAGACAAGAAUGGUUUAUGGAUUUGCAGCCAUUUUAUAAUUUUUUUGUAAUAUUUGUAAAUAUGGACUUUUUAAAAUGCCGAGAUGCUUUUUUGUAAAAUGUUUUCAAAGUUUACAAUUAAUUUCUAAGCCUUUGUAUAUUUUAGAGCUGUGCAACACUUUUAAGUCUUGUAUUUAUUUUUAGUAAAGAUUGUGAAACUUUCCCUGUGAAUUCUACCCAAGUACAGUACGUAUGGCCAGUCAAGUCUGGCUGCUUUGACAUUGUGCAUAGAGCCUGAGAAUAAAUGUGACUGCAUUGGAUCGGCAGAAAAAGAA